AUGAUUGAAAUCGAGGAGGAAAUAAUCCAUACAAUAGAAGAAAUAGAUACUACGUUUUCUUCUAUUAACAGAACGUUGAAAAGCAUCAGAGAAUUCAUUGAAAGAAUAGGUAGGGAUAGGCGUAAGAUGGAUAAGGAUCUGGGUCCGUGGGUAAGGUUUUUCUCUGUAGAAUCUGAAGAUAGUAUAGGAAAUGAGGCGCCACGCUCUGGAACUGAGAAAAGGCUCGAAGAAGAACCAAGUUUUCAAGACAUAUGCGUGACAGAAGGAAGCCCAGAGUCAAUGAAAUUCUCAUCCCCAAGAAAUCCAUUUGUUGAUAGCACAUCAUCAGAAAUGCUGAACAAGACGUUUCUGGGAGAUCUCUCUGCAAGACUUCAUAGCAGUAAUGUUGAAAAUGAAUCUUCGAGCUUUGUUCGGGUAUCGGAGGGAAAAGCUUUCAGAUCUUAUGAAGAGUCGGAAUCAUCUGAGGAUAUACUUCCAUUCAAUCCAAGCAUGCUUCCCCCUCUGUUUAAAAAUGAAAAAAGUCUGUUCCAGGUAUAUGAAGUUAUUUCAAAGAGCUCCAGUAUCACGAUAGAAGAGAUAUACAGGGAAAUUUCUGCUGUUCCGAAAGAAAAGAUAAACAUAUUUGUAGAUCUUUUACUAAGAAAAAGAUUCAUAGGUAAAGAAGGAGAUAAAUUUAGAACCGGAUGA